AUGGAUAUUCUCAUCGAGCCGGACUGCUACAAAGUGUGUCGGAUCUGCAUGGAAAGCUGCGAGGAUGAUUUCGUGUGCAUAUACGACGAGUUUGAGGACGUGAUACUUUAUAAAGUAAUCAAAGAGUGUGCACGCGUUGAGAUACGCAAGAACGAUGCGUUACCACGAAACGCGUGUCGUAACUGCGCCGAGUAUAUGAUCAUUGCGUAUCACAUUAUUCAAAAGUGCCGCGAGUCGGACCUAACCUUACGAUCAAUCUUUAAACAUGAGCUCAAUCUGCACCACGCGGAAAAGAACACCGAUCCCACUUCGGUAGCAGUAAGGUGCAACGAUGAAUUGCAGGCGGAAGAUAUGGACCCAUCAGGCUACGAGUUUCUGCUUGCCGAUGCGUACAACGGGAUGAUUUUGGAUGGCGAGGGCAUGUUGCUAGGAUCUACGAACGUAGAUUGCAAUUUUACUUCGUCGAUCGACGGUAAGGUUAAUGUGGGAUCUUUUAACGGAAAUGUCAUCCAACAGUUACUGCCGCAGGAAUUCUCUCAGGAACACGCUUCGUCACACGAAGAAAUGAACGUGAAGCCCAUGAAUGAGGCAUUUACAAACGAAGCUCUAGAAUUGAUACAACAGGAAAAAACAUUGACUCAUCCGAUGGGUGUGAGUGAUAUGUUGGCUCACGAGUCGAGCGAAACGAACGAAGAGGAGACGACCAUCGUAUUGGAACAGCAGAGAAAAUGUUGUGGCUGUCGUAAGCUUUUCGACAGCGAAGAAAGCCUGCUAGAACACUGCCAGAGCGUCCAUCUCCCGAGCGAAUCGUCAGCCUCCCAGUGCGUGUUGGACGACGACAAAUAUGUACGCUGUUCUUUAUGUUACAAGCGUUUCAGCAGCCAGCACCUGCUCAAGGAGCAUCAGCGAACGGUGAAUAGAAAGUACGCCUGUUCACAGUGUGGCAAGCGGUUCAUGACGCAGGCCAACCUGGACACCCACAGUAAAUGCCAUAAGAACAAGGAAACGUACAAAUGCUGCGGCUGCCGGGUGGAUUUCGAGCAUGAGCUGGAUCUGGUUGUUCACUCGCAGGAAAUUCAUCGACCUGAACGAACUAUCGAUUUGGAAAAACCGUUCGAAUGUGACACCUGCUACCGACGGUAUCCCACGCGAAAAUCGCUUGCUACGCAUAAGCGUCUAAUCAAACAAUUCCAGUGCCAGCAGUGUGGUGCCGUCUUCAUGAAGCAGCUCUUUCUCAAGCUGCAUCUCGAGCGGGCACACCGGCAACAAGCCGACGAACAACGGCGUCGUUGCUGCGGCGGUUGCCGAGAAGAAUUCGAUGAUGCGGCCGCCUUACGCCAACAUUCCGAACGAGUUCAUAAACCAACCGAAGGGUCGACCGGUUCUGGCACGGACGACGGGAAGCAGUUCGAGUGCAGCAUCUGCCGCAAACGAUUCGCGUCGCUGUUCUUUAUGCUUCAGCACCAGCAAAAAGUCUACCGUGAGAAGUGUUACCCAUGCACAAUCUGUGGGCGCACGUUUGGGCGCGCGCACGAUCUGUCCAACCAUGAGACAACACACUCGAACGAAAUGCCGUUUGAGUGCAGUGUAUGCGGCAGGCGAUUUAAGAACAAGCUGUAUCUGAAAAAUCAUCUCAAGCUACACGCAAGCAAUGCGAAGGACCAGGUGUGCGUCGAGUGUGGCAAGGGCUUCCGCACGAAAGAUCUGCUCAAGACGCAUCUCAUUAGUCACUCUCAAGUUCGGAAGUACGCAUGUACCGCUUGCUCGGCAACUUUUAAAAGAUUGCAGUGUCUCAAAAUUCAUAUGCGCGUACAUACGCGUGAGAAAGCGUUCGAAUGUACGGUCUGCCGUAAGCGGUACGUUCAAUCAUCCGAUCUAAAACGUCACAUGCGCACGCAUAAUCCCGGCGACGAGGGAAAACCGUUCCAGUGCGAGUACUGCUUAAGGCGAUACCCGCGAAAGGACUAUCUUAAAGUACACAUUCGGAAGCAACAUUUGGAAAAAACGGCCGGGAGUCUGCUGGAGGGGCUCGGCGAAACAUACGAACAGGAGAACCGUUUGUCGGAAACACUUGAGGAAGUUUCGUCCAUCGAGGUUAACACACUCGUUUCAAGCAGUGAGGCAGACGCACUGGAUGACAAUUAUGUAGACGUGUUACAGAAAAUUGCACCCGGUGUGAAAUCGGCGUUGAACAGCUCUCUAGAAACGGAGUCUUCCUCUUCCAUCGGUAACAUUUCAAGUGAAGAAAUUGAAACAACUGCAGUGGCAGAGCUAGAUCCCGUGUCUGAAAACGUCGAUCCGCAUCUCACUGACGCAGCAAAAGAAGACGAUACCAACAAGCAAAUUGCGUAUCCGAGUGCAAUUGAUACCCUAGAAAAUUUUAUUACAUCAGGAGCUGACAACUAUGGAUCGUGGAAUGACGGAGAUUUAUCGAUCGUUGAAUUUGUGGAAUUACAAUCAGUUCAAGACUAUACUGGACCGAUUGUAGACGUACUGGGUAACAUUUCAAACACGUCACUAGCGAUAAAAAAUGGACAAAGUAUAGAAUCCGAGGUACAAAUGAAUGAAGGAGAAAUUCCUCAACAAGAUGAACAACGCUUGAUCGAGAUGUCGGAAUCUGAAUGUAUGGAUGAGGAUAAGCAGCAUCCGGGAAACAAUGGCCAACAUGAAAUUGGUAAAGAACAUGAACAGCAUCGAAAAUAUGAUGGAGUAGCAGGGAAUGAAAAUACUUGUAAAAAUGAAAAAAUGCAAAAUGAGGAACCUUCGCCUGUUUACGAAUCCAGUGCAGAUCCAAAUCCAGAACAAGAUGAACAACACUUGACCGAGAUUUCGGAAUCUGAAUGUAUGAAUGAAGAUAAGCAGCAUCCGGAGAACAAUGACCAAUACGAUAUGGAAAAUGAAAAUGAACGGCAUCGAGAAUAUGAUGGAGUAGCAGGGGAUGAAAAUACAUGUGAAAAUGAAGAAAUGGAAAACGAGGAACUUUCGUCUGUUUACGAAUCCAGCGCGGAUCCAAAUCCACAACAAGAUGAACAACGCUUGACCGAAAUUUCGGAAUCUGAAUGUAUGGGUGAAGAUAAGCAGACUUCGGGAAACAAUGGCCAAUACGAAAUGGGAAGUGAACAUGAACAGCAUCAAGAAUAUGAUGGAGUAUUAGAGAAUGAAAAUACAUGCGAAAAUGAGGAACUUUCGCCUGUUUACGAAUCCAGCGCGGAUCCAAAUCAACAACAAGAUGAACAACGCUUGAACGAGAUUUCGGAAUCUGAAUGUAUGGAUGAAGAUAAGCAGCCUUCGGAAAACAAUGGCCAUUACGAAAUGGAAAAUGAACAGCAUGGAGAAUAUGAUGGAGUAUUAGAGAAUGAAAAUACAUGCGAAAAUGAAGAAAUGGAAAAUGAGGAACUUUCGCCUGUUUACGAAUCCAGUGCAGAUCCAAAUCCAGAACAAGAUGAACAACACUUGAUCGAGAUUUCGGAUUCUGAAUGCAUGGAUGAAGAUAAACAGCCUUCGGAGAAUAAUGGCCAAUACGAAAUCGGUAAAGAACAUGAACAGCAUCGAGAAUAUGAUGAAGUAUCAGAUAAUGAAAAUACAUGUGAAAAUGAAGAAAUGGAAAAUGAGCAACAUUCGCAUGUUCACGAAUCCAGUGCAGAGCCCGAUCUCGAAGAACUUCAGACAAACAACGAUAAAAUUUCUACACCAAAUCAUAAAUUAAAUAAUGGUCAAAAGGUAUAUACGCUUAGUCCAACUGACACUGAAGAAAUUAUAGUAUUAUAUGGUGAUGAUCAUCCGCACUGUCAGAAUGGAAAUACUAAAGAUCCAGAUAAUGAAGACUCCCAGGAGGAACAGAUUAGAUAUACGAGUGAGCAACACCUUGAUGCGAUGUGUCGGAUAAGCACUGAAAAUGUUAUAGUAUUAUAUCAUGAAGAGCCUAAUCAGUCUCAGAAUGAAGAAGCUACAGAUCCAGACGUUGGAGAAGGACAUGAAGAGUCUCAUGUGGCCAGAAUUACUUUACCGCUCAAAUCUGCAAACAGCUCAUCGUCCACCGUCAAGAAAAAGGAUGAUUGUGUUGAAGUAACUGAAAAAAUAACCAAGGGAAACGUGGAAAUGCCCGUGUUAAUACCGCACAUGUGCUAUGUUUGCAUGAUUCCGUUCCUUAAAAAAGUGUCACUGAAAAAACACCUCGUGGAGCACACAAAUUCAAUCCCAUACACGUGUAACGAUUGCCACACGGAGGAAUAUCCCAUGGUUUUUACAACGCCCUUUACAAUGAACCGUCACCUGCAGAGUCACAAUUAUCCGCAUCAGUGUUCCAACUGUCCGAAGCGGUUCAUAAAUCAGCGAGUACUUGAGGUGCAUGAACAAAGUCACACGAAUGCGAAUGAGAGUACCACAAUGGUAAAAGUUAAAGUUGAGUGCAAUGAUCAUCCGCAGCAGCUGGAAAGUCGAUCGACACACAACAGCCAGGUUGAUUUAAGUCCGUCUUCGUGCAAGCAUUGCAAGAAAACAUUCAAAACGGCCCAAUUCCUGGCGCGUCACAAAUGCCACAGUCCGGACGACAUGCCGCACGUAUGCAAGCACUGUAAUAGGCGAUUCAACAACAAAAAUAUCUUCAUAGCUCACAUGCAGAUGCACACACCGGAAGAAGAGUCAAAAUCGAGCCUUCCCUCUUCCUCUUCUCCCACCUCCUCUUCUUCCUCUCCUUCCGCCUCGGCCACCUCCCCUUCCAUGACCAAAAAAACGUCCAUCGCCCGGGUGACGGUCAUUUCGAAGAAGAAGAAACGGUACGACUGCUAUCAACCCGGGUGCGAGUACAACACAAUGGUGUACAGCAGAAUGUUUUUCCACCACCGCAUGCACCUGAAGGCAUUUGCGUGCGAUCAGUGUCCAAAACGAUUUCCAUUGGCUUCGUUGCUGGCAAAGCACAAGGCUAAACAACACAUGCACAAGGAAAAGCCGACAAAACGGAAGAAAUGUAAUAUAGAAGAGGAAAUUUAAAAUCAUACUAAUAUACAUCUAACUACUAUCGUCAGACUAACCAAUGCUACAGCGUAUCAACAGUAGGAUUCUAGGGGAAACGUUUUGUAAUGAACCCAGAUGUGGCUUUCGUUUCGGAAGGUUUUGUUUCAGCAGAGUUUAAUUUGCUACAGUAGAUAAUUUGCUGUUCCAGUUUGGCGCAUGGAUGGUUUCGCAAUCCUCAUUGAACCCUUGCAUUGCAAAAGAAUCUUUUUUUUUUGUAGUACCAAAAAUGGUUAAACGAUUUUUAAGUAGCUAAUAUGGUUCUCUUCCUGCAUGCAUUAUAAUAGUUGCAGUGCGUAUAAAACGAAAAAUACGUUUAACAAGUGUUUCAUCCUAUCCAUUUUCUUCGAUCUUUUGC